AUGACUAUAUCUGAUAUGAAAAAAUGUAAUUGGGUUUUCUGGAAUGAAGUACCCGGAAAAAGCAUUCACGGUUCUUCUGCGUCAACUCCAGACGAGAAAGUCCCAAAGCCAUUAGGAGACAUCACCGUCUCUCCUCGCAUACCAAGAAUGCCUAGGGUUAGUGGUAGGGGAGAUCAAAACCCACCAGGGCUUCAAUCCAAAUUGUUGGUCGAGAUCCACCGGCAAAUGGAUGAAUUGUCCUCACAUAUCCUAUAUCUGCCUAAACGCUGGAAGUCCAUUGGGAAGAUGAAGACAAGGCUUCCUGAACUGACCCUUCCCGAUGAAUAUAAGGCUGCAUUAGGAAAAUCGGAUAGGAGGGGAUCCGGUUCAAAGAUCCAGCAAACAAGCAAGACCCAGGCCACGACCCUAGCUUCCAACGGGUUCCCGUCAAUCCAGAGCGAUUGUUCAUCUCACUCGGAAGAGUAUUAUGAACAAAAGCAUCUGGCAAAUGCCCUUCUUCAAGAGCUUUGUAAACGCUACCCGCUCACGGGCAAUAAAGUCAAUGAUAAGCGUCAAGCCAGAGAACUCGAAGUCGUGAUAAACGAUUGGAAUGCGAUUACAACGCACCAGAAUCGUACUGUUGACCUUUUUGGCGCUGUAAAACGGUCUUUGACGGCCCGUAGGAAGGUUCAAUGGGUGUCUGACCAGGAGUUGCUCGAACGGGACAGAAUGUAUCGAUCCGGCAAUUUUACCGUCAACGAACGGAUCUACAACUCCACUAUACCCGAGCAAGGUAUUAUCACGGACUUUUGGUCUUAUCUAAGUCCACGAGACGCGUUAAGCGAGGGGGAGAAUCCCAUAUUAAUGUCGCCUUCUAGUAAUUGCGAGCUUCGGUUUCCUCUCCACCUGCAACCGUUGGAGGCCACUCCCCGCCCGGACAGCUAUGCUCGAGUCAAUUUCGGUGACGAGUUAGGCUGGUACGAAGACCUCAAGCCCAUCAUAUUUGCUAGCGAAUGCAAAACUAAGAAGACGCAAGGCAAGAAUACUCGGGCACAACUCGCAGUGGCGUUCCAUGCGACAUUGAUUAUCCUCAUCUUUUACUAUUUGGAUAAUCGGUCGAGUGCCAGUGACCCACUACCAGAAUGGCUUUUCCUGUACGGAAUCGAGUUUAUCGAACACGGCUUUAUCGUGCACGUACACUAUCCACAUUACAACUUUGACAGUCGGGAUGCUGGCUGGGGAUUCACCUCUGCAAUUUUCACCGACGAGUUCUCAGAGGUGUUCAAGAAUUGCGAUACAGGUUUAAGGCUGUCGGCUUUGGCUUUCCUGUUCCGGAUGCGUAGCCAAGGCAUGUUCGUCAUGGAGAAAUUAAAGGCUUGGGAACGCGCUCCCGAAGUUCUCUGGGUAUUGCAAAAACAAGCCUACGAAGAUAAGCACGGCCUUCUUUUGAUGGAUGACGCCACCCGUGAAGAGUCAACGAAGCGUUUUCGUCCGAACAAUUGGACUGUAAAUCUUGUUUACCUUAGCGCGAGUAGUUUGCUGUCAUUGCAUCCCGUAUUCGGGGGGUGUACCAUACUUGAGCCUGCAGCGUGGAUUCCGGGCGAGUGCAAAUCUGCUGGCUUGACGUGGUCCUGCCCUGUACAGGGCUUGACAGGGCCGCCUAUCUGCAACAUCCAGGGCGAUUUGGACCUGGUGUGGCACCCGACCUCACUUUUCUGCACGAUGAGCACGUACAGAGGUCUAUACACGGACUCGGUAUCGAUGCGACAGACCUCUUUCUUCGACAUGGAUGGCCCGGCCGCUCCUCCCGGCUCACCUCCAACGAUCAAGUACACCGGUCCAUGGCUGCAAACCCAACUGAUGAAAUAUGAUGGGGACGAUUCCGACGAACCCAAUCCAGGAGAUGAUGCCAGAGCUAGGUUCUUCAAUGGCACUGAUAACGACCCGGAGAAAGACCCAGACUGGCCUGACUUGUUCAACGCCUCCAAUUCCUUCCGAGCAGUACAACUGGCCUUCACUUGGGUCUUUACCGCCCUCGUCCUCCGAUCGCUAUGGCGGAACUAUCGCCAAUAUGUCAAAGUGCGACAGCUCUAUUCCUUGGACCUUGUCCAUUCGAUUGCUGCAAGAACAGUCAUGGUUACUGAUCUACCCAAUCACCUGCAAGGAGAACAAAAGCUCGCUGUCUAUUUCGAGAACAUGGGUCUUGCUGUGGAGAGCGUGAACCUUGUGCGACACGCAGAAGUUCUCAAUAAGCUCAUCGACAAGCGAACCGAAGUUUUGCUGAAGCUUGAGGCGGAGUGGACAAAAUAUGUCGGUAAUCCUAGCUCUUUGGAGUCAUACGACCCAUCACAGAAUGUCCGAAGCGAUCAUGCCCCGCUGAUCGAUCUCGGCGACCCAGAUACCAUGGAAAGCCAACCAGCUCGGGUAGUUGUUCCUAAUCGAAAGAGGCCAUUAGUUCGUCCUGGAUGGUUCACACCAAAGAUAGAUGCGUUAGAGCACUAUCAAAAGGAGUUCGAGGAUUUGAACGAGCAAGUCAGGAAGAAGAGAAAGACGGGCAAAUUCAAGGCAACUUCCACUGCGUUUGUGACCUUCGAGAAGAUGUCAGGGGCGGGACAAACAACCACAGUGUUGGCACCGGAACCACGAGAUAUCGUUUGGGCUAAUAUGACAUUCUCACCUCGAAACCGCAUGGCCCGGGAGCUCUUCGUGUUCGCGUUUAUGGAGAUCAAGAAGACUUUCCCGUGGCUCGCCAAUCUGAUCGACAAGAAUGCGACCAUCCAAGCCCUUGUUCAAAACUCGGCUCCUAGUUUGGCUAUGACUGGCUUGAAUGCAGCCCUUCCUUUCAUAUUGGAAGGGCUAUCAUACUUCCAAGGUUUCCAGGCUAGAAGUUGGGUCGAAUAUUCCUUGAUGAAAAAGUAUGUCCUCGUACGCGACCUCGCGAAUUCGCCUGCCAAGAUUCCAACGAAGCUUGCUGCAGCCCUCAGUGUGGGUAGAGCCAGGAACUUCUUCAUGAGUUAUGUCAUUCUUCAAGCCUUGGGUAUCAUGCCUCUACAGUUACUAAAUUUAGGGAUUCUUACCACGUUACCAGAUUUUGCGGAACUGAAUGCUCCUCCUAUGAUUAAUUACGGAGCUGUAUACCCUCAAGCAAUCCUGGUCUUUGUUAUCACGAUCACCUACAGUGUCAUUCAGCCUCAGAUCAUGGCCUUUGGUGCGCUCUACUUUGGCAUCGGUUAUGUUGUGUAUAAAUACAAGCUACUAUUCGGUCAGGCAUGGCCCAUCACGUUCGUACGCCUCAUAUGGGGCGUGGUCAUUUUCCAGGUCCUUAUGACGGGUAUCUUUACUCUGGAGAAAUAUUUCGUCCUCUCUGUUAUCAUGCUGCCUUUGAUUGCCUUUACGAUUUGGUGGGGUUGGGUGACCUACCAUCGCUUCGAAGGCCUCAGUUCCUUCGUCAGCUUGAGCACCGUAUGCGAAGUUGAACGAGGACAGGAUUCAGAAGACGUUGCGAGAUUAAGGGCUGGUGCUGGCACUGUUAGCUGGUCACAGAG